CAGCGCGCCAACGCGGUCCCCCAGCCCGAGCCGCGGCGUCCCCGGUGCGGCCCUCAGCCCCGCUCCCGACCCCGCAUCUCGCCGGCCCCAGGAUGGGCGCGCGCGCCUCGGGCGGGCCCCGGGCCCGGGCUGGGCUCCUGCUGCUGCUGUUGCUGCUGCUGCUCGGACUGCUGGCCCCGGGCGCGCAGGGGGCGCGGGGCCGCGGCGGCACGGAGAAGAACAGCUACCGCCGCACGGUCAACACCUUCUCGCAGAGCGUCAGCAGCCUGUUCGGCGAGGACAACGUGCGCGCCGCUCAGAAGUUCCUGACCAGGCUGACCGAGCGGUUCGUGCUGGGGGUGGACAUGUUUGUCGAAACGUUGUGGAAAUUUUGGACGGAGCUCUUGGAUGUUCUUGGACUUGAUGUGUCGAACCUGUCCCAGUACUUCAGCCCUGCCUCGGUGGCCAACAGCCCGGCCCGCGCCCUCCUGCUGGUGGGCGUCGUCCUGCUGGCCUACUGGUUCCUGUCGCUGACCCUGGGCUUGACCUUCAGCCUCCUGCACGUGGUGUUCGGCCGCUUCUUCUGGGUGGCGCGGGUCGUCCUGUUCUCCAUGUCCUGCGUGUACGUGCUGCACAAGAACGAGGGGGAGCCGGAGAACGCCAUCCUGCCCCUCUGCUUCGUGGUGGCCGUCUACUUCAUGACCGGGCCCAUGGGCUUCUACUGGCGCAGCGGGCCCAGCGGCCCCAGCGUGGAGGAGAAGCUGGAGCACCUGGAGAACCAGGUCAGACUGCUUAACAUCCGCCUCAACAAGGUUCUGGAGAGUCUGGACCGCGCCAACGGCAAGUGACAAUCAGCCAGCCGGCCGGGUCCCCUCACGCCAGCGCCCUCUCUCAGAAAACAGAAGCGGAGAAGGAAGAAGAGAGCACCCAACCCCAAGCAAUUUCAAUAAACACUCCCGAGCACGGCGGGUGGCGCUCCGUGAGGGUCUUUCCCGGCCACGUGUCGACCCCCGAGGACACGUUCCCCGAGGGAUGGCGGGAUCGUUUGUGUGGAACUACCCACGAAGUGUCAUUAGUGGGGGAGGGGGGGAAAGAAUAUUUUUUAAACAAAGGAUAUAACCAUAUUAGCUGUACAGGAAGAGUUUAUCUGUGCAUAGAGCAUAAAGUUAAUUUUUUCAAGCACUUCAGUACAUCUUUUGUAAGGUUUUUUAAUAAAGGCGGAUCGAGUCGAGUUGAA